GAAAGAUCAAGGUAGCAUAUCAGUUUUUCCUAUAUACUUUACUUGGAUCUGUUUUUAUGCUAUUAGCUAUUCUGUUGAUUCUUCUCCAAACAGGAACCACCGAUUUACAAAUUUUAUUAACCACUGAAUUUAGUGAGCGGCGCCAAAUCCUUCUAUGGAUAGCUUUUUUCGCCUCUUUUGCCGUCAAAGUGCCUAUGGUACCAGUUCAUAUUUGGUUACCCGAAGCCCAUGUAGAGGCACCUACGGCUGGAUCCGUCAUCUUGGCUGGAAUUCUUUUAAAAUUGGGAACCUACGGGUUUUUAAGAUUUUCCAUACCCAUGUUUCCCGAGGCGACACUUUGUUUCACUCCUUUCAUUUAUACUCUAAGCGCGAUUGCUAUAAUAUAUACUUCCUUGACCACUUUAAGACAGAUCGAUCUUAAGAAGAUCAUUGCCUACUCCUCAGUAGCCCAUAUGAAUUUGGUGACUAUUGGUAUGUUUAGUCCGAACAUACAGGGAAUUGGAGGUAGCAUUUUACUUAUGUUAAGUCAUGGACUGGUUUCUUCAGCCCUUUUUCUAUGUGUUGGUGUUCUAUAUGACCGACAUAAGACUCGACUUGUUAGAUAUUAUGGAGGUUUAGUGAGCACCAUGCCGAAUUUCUCUACCAUUUUCUUCUUUUUCACUUUAGCCAAUAUGAGUUUACCCGGCACUAGCAGCUUUAUCGGGGAAUUUCUAAUCUUAGUAGGAGCUUUCCAAAGAAAUAGCUUAGUAGCCACAUUAGCUGCGCUUGGGAUGAUUUUAGGCGCGGCGUAUUCCCUGUGGCUAUAUAAUCGUGUGGUUUCUGGAAAUUUAAAACCCGAUUUCCUCUAUAAAUUCUCCGAUCUAAAUGGCAGAGAAGUUUCCAUAUUUCUACCUUUUCUUGUUGGAGGGGCGACCGUCCGUUGAACUACCAAAAAAGGGUAAACCAAUGUGAUCAUGACAUUGUAGGUGCUUGCGAUGGGACGGAUGCGACUUCCCUCAUAAGUAAUGGGUGGCAUAGCCCGUAGCAGAAGUCCCCUUUUUUUAUCCAUUUCUUUAUUACCCCAGAGGGGCCCACCCUGGUGGGACCGAGAGAAAGAAAGGACGGGGGGGGGCGACCAUGCAUGGCACUUCUCGACCGUGUCUCCGAGGGACAGUUGAACGAGCGACUCAUGAAUGCUGCCGGGUCGGACGAGCCAAUAACUCGAACGUGUUCGGUCAGUUUUUUGAGCAAGAAUCACAGCGUUACCUUACCUUCACCAUGAUACGGACUCCAAGUUCUUAUGGCAGAGCACGAGGAGUUUCCUUCAAUAUGAUGAUGAGAAUGGAAACCAGAAGCACGACUGGGUCUUCGUAGUCCGAGAUCAUACUUAUAUAUCAGUCACAGUAACGUAAGCAUGAGACUUUUUGGUAGUACCGGUGAACCAGAUGGCCGCGGCGAGGGAAUCUGGGACGGAGGACUCGUAAUAUCUCUAUAGAUCUGGCAAAAGCGAAAGACCCCUAACGUCAGGGGCUGACCACUGAGCUCACUCAGGCCCCGCUGGGCGGGCCAGAGUGGGUGCGAGCUGGAAUUGCCAUAGCUUAUGGUUAGAGCAAUAGGAAAGGGCCCAGCAGAGAGAACAGUCAGGAUAACGAGCGCGGAGCCCACUUGGCAGGCGGCAGGAGCAGCGGGCAAGUGCUUGCUUGGUAGGCCAACAGCCCUGUGAACCGGGCGGGGCACUCGACGAAAGGGGGGCACGCUGAGCAAGUACGCAAAAUUGGCCCUGCGGAGCUUUCAAAAAGAAAAGCAAGGACCACUACGGGAGGUCGAACCACGGACCGGAGGUAGUAGAACGUGAUCCGCACCGGUCAAUAUUGGAUCAAACAAUAGGGGACCGUAGCACUGACCUUUUUUUU